CUCAGCUCCUCUUAAAAAAAAAACAAAUAAAUAAAUAAAAAAGCAAAGGGAAAGAAGCUUUAAUGGCUUCCUUUUUCCACAUUCCAUAAUCCUCUUUGCUUCUUCCACACUAUCAUCUCUGCUGCCACUAAGCUGCUGCUGCUGCUGUUCUUCAACCCUUCUGAAAACCCUCCUCUACUUUUUUAGCCAUGGAACACAAAUGGGUUUCAGGUUUUUGCCCCUGUGGUACUCUGAAAUUACGUGCACUGCUAUUGGUAUUGUUAGUGCUUGUAUGCUCAAACCUUUCUCAGUGUGUUGAUCUUUACCCACAAGACAAAGACUCUGUCUUGCUGUUCAGGUCAUUGGUUCAAGACCCCAGCCAGAGCUUGUCCAGCUGGGUUGGGUCUAAUUGUACCAACUGGACCGGAAUCACCUGCGAAAACCAGACCGGCAGAGUGGUUUCGGUUAACUUGACCAGCAUGAAUUUGUCUGGCCAAAUUCACCCCAAUUUGUGCAAACUUCCAUUUCUUGAACAUUUGGUUUUGUCUGAAAACAACUUUACUUCCCCAGUCCCGUUGUGUUUUGGUUCUCUGCGCAGUCUCAAAACCCUCCAUCUUGAUCACAAUAGGUUUCAGGGGAUUGUGCCUGAUGCACUCAUGAGGCUUAGGCAGCUGAAAGAACUUGUUUUGAAUGGUAACGAUUUGGGAGGGCUUGUUCCUUGGUGGGUAGGUAACUUUUCAUCUCGGUUGGAGAAACUAGAUAUUGGGUUUAAUUCGUUCCAUGGGGAGAUUCCUGAAAGCUUGUUGUACUCGAAAUCUUUGAAGUAUUUAGAUGUUGGGAACAAUAAUUUAUCUGGUAUUCUGAGUGACUUUCACCAAUCUUUGGUCUUUCUCAAUCUUGAAUCAAAUCAGUUUUCCGGUACUUUGCCUUGUUUCUCUGCUUGUGUUCAGUCUCUUAGAGUUUUGAAUCUGGCUAACAAUUCUGUUGUGGGAGGAAUGCCUACAUGUAUUGCUUCGCUUCAAGCUUUGAAGCAUCUGAACCUGUCAUUCAAUCAGUUGACUUAUGAGAUAUCUCCGAGGCUUGUGUUUUCAGAGAAGCUUCUUGUCUUGGACUUGAGUAACAAUGAGUUGUCUGGCCCUCUUCCGAGCAAGAUUGCGGAAACAACAGACAAGUCUGGGCUUGUUCUUCUUGAUCUGUCUCACAACAGUUUCUCUGGUGAAAUCCCAUUGAAGAUUACCGAACUGAAAAGUUUGCAGGCCCUGUUUCUGUCAUACAAUCUUCUUGUGGGGGAGAUUCCUGCGAGGAUUGGAAAUCUGACUUAUCUCCAAGUGAUUGAUCUCUCGCACAACUCUCUAUCAGGCUCAAUUCCGUUGAACAUGGUCGGAUGUUUUCAGCUGCUUGCAUUGAUACUCAACAACAACAAUCUUUCUGGUGAGAUUCAUCCAGAACUUGAUGCAUUGGAUAGCUUGAAGAUACUGGAUAUCAGCAACAACAAGAUAUCUGGUGAGAUCCCGCUUACUUUAGCAGGCUGUAAAUCUUUGGAGAUUGUAGAUUUCAGCUCCAACAAUCUCUCCGGAACCUUGAGUGAUGCAAUCACCAAAUGGUCAAACCUCAGGUAUCUGUCCCUAGCUCAGAAUGAAUUUAGCGGAAAUCUUCCCAGCUGGCUCUUUACUUUUCCGGUUAUCAGAAUGAUAGAUCUGUCAGGAAACAAAUUUUCAGGCUUCAUACCAGACGCUAACUUUAACACGAGCAUAAAUUUUAACAAUGGCGAGCUUGGUAAAAUGCAGAGAGAGCCAUUUGGUACAUCGCACAAUGCGGAUACAAAAGUUUUGAUUGUUGUCACUGGUAGCAGCGAAUUAAGCUUCAAUUAUGUACUAUCUUCGAUGGUGGGAAUCGAUUUCUCCAAUAAUGUGCUAGAUGGGGAGGUUCCAGGGGGACUAUUUGGAUUACGCGGUUUGCAAUACCUAAAUUUGUCACGCAAUUUUCUUCGUGGUCGUGUUCCAGAUCUAGAGAAGAUGUGGAGUUUAAGGGCCUUAGAUGUAUCACACAAUUCUUUGUCAGGUCAUAUUCCCGAAAACAUUUCCAGCCUUCAACACCUGACUCUUAUGGAUUUGUCAUAUAACUGUUUCUCUGGAUUGGUUACGAAGAAGCAAGGAUAUUCGAGGUUUCCAGGAGCCUUUGUUGGAAAUCCAGAUUUGUGUUUGGAGUCCUCUGAUGGAGGGUGUGACCCGGCAAGCCUCCCCGCGGUGCCUGGGAAGGCAUUUGAAGGGGAAGAGGUCGAGGGGCGGAUUUCUGUAUGGGUUUUUUGUCUAAGUGCUUUCCUCAGUUUCUACUUCACGGGGUUGGCCCUCUUCUGCUCACCUCGAGCACGAAAUCACAUUCUCAAGACAAGUGCUUAGCGUAAUGUGCGUGUGGAUUCGGAUGACAACGAGAAGCUGUAAAUUUUAAUUACUCUCUUGUAACGGGUGAGUUUGUUCUUCCAUGCUUUGCUUUGCUAACAUAGAACCUAGCUGUUCCUUCCUACCCAGAAUGCUCAUAAAAGUAUUGCAUAAGUUUUAAUGACGACGUUGUAGGCAAGAAUUUGUUCAAAUAUAUGUUUCUAUUCGGGCA